UCUGCUUUAAUCUCCAAGUCUCCAAAAAUAGUUGGCAAAAACUCGACUUUGUGUCUCCAGCGCCUGCGAUUGUGUUCUUACGUUGGGAAAUCCACAUAGAGGACUUUUGUUUUGUCUUCAGGAAUGGAAAAUCUCACGCCGGAACAAUGGCGCGAGAUCAUGAACAAGAAGAUGCGCUUCCCUCCCCAGCUCAUCAACGCCAUCCAAGAAGGGAAAAUAGGGCUGCUGAGUGGGUUGCUGAAGACGGGUGACGGCAUCAUCCGUCAGCUGGACGAAUCUGAAGACCGCCAGUGGAGGGAGGCUCUAAACCUCUCCAUCCGCUUGGGGAAUGAGGACGCCAUGGAUGCUCUCCUGCACGGGGUCAAGUUUGACUUCCGGCAGAUUCAUGAAGCUCUGCUGGUUGCUGUUGACACCAACCAGCCCCUGGUGGUGAAGCGUCUGCUGGACCGUCUGGACCAGGAGAAAGGCAACAAGAUGGACGUGCGAUCCUUCUCUCAAGCCAUUUUCGACCGCUCUAUUGACAACUCUCAGUUUGCUCCUGGUGUGACUCCACUGACGUUGGCCUGCCAGAAAGAUCUGUAUGACAUAGUUACCAUGCUCACCCAAAAAGGCCACGUCAUUCCAUAUCCACACAAGAUAUCCUGCGCUUGUCUGGAGUGCCGCAAUGGCCGACAGUAUGACCUGCUGAAGUUCUCUUUGUCUCGCAUCAACACCUAUCGUGGCAUCGCCAGCCGUGCAUACCUGUCUAUAACCUCUGAGGAUGCCAUGCUCAGUGCUUUCAGUCUCAGCCGAGAGCUCCGCAAACUGUCCCAGAAAGAGCCUGAGUUCAAGCCUCAGUACCUCAGCCUGGAGCAACUGUGUCAGGAGUUUGCGUUUGAACUGCUCGGCAUGUGUCGCAAUCAGAGUGAGGUGACCACUAUCUUGAACAGUUGCGGAGAUGAGACCCAGGAGGCUUUAAAUGAGCAGGCCUUUGAGGAGGGAAUACCGAACCUGUCCCGCCUGCGGCUCGCAGUCAACUAUAACCAGAAGCAGUUUGUGGCACACCCAAUUUGCCAGCAGGUUCUGUCAUCUAUCUGGUGUGGAAACUUAUCUGGAUGGAGAGGCAGCAGGACGGCGUGGAAGCUUCUAGUCUCCGUGGGGAUUUUUCUCACCAUGCCACUUCUUUGUCUUGUUUACUGGAUAGCACCAAAGUCUAAGGUAGGAAAGAUCCUAAAGAUCCCAGUGAUCAAAUUCCUUCUUCAUGCUGCAUCAUAUCUGUGGUUCCUCAUUACACUACUUGGGGAAUCGAUAACCAUGGAGAUGUAUCGAGAUAAAUUUGCCUCCAGACACCAGGACAUUCUGCAUAGCUCCUUCCACAUGGUGUGGGUAGUCGGAUUCUUCUGGUAUGAGUGCAAAGAAGUGUGGAUUGAAGGGUUGCGGAGCUAUUUCCUGGACUGGUGGAACUGCCUGGACAUGGUGGUGCUCAGCAUGUACCUGGCAUCCUUUACGCUGCGCGUGGUCAUCAUGCUCAAAGGCUACUUCCUCUGCCACGAUGAGAGCAACAGCGAACAGUGCAUCUACUUCACCCAAACCGUGCGAGACAACUGGCACCAGGAGGACCCCCAGCUGAUUUCCGAGGUGCUGUUCGCCGUGACGAGCAUGCUGAGCUUUACCCGUCUGGCUUACAUCCUGCCAGCCCACGAGUCUCUGGGAACGCUUCAGAUCUCCAUAGGAAAGAUGAUUGAUGACAUGAUGAGAUUCAUGUUUAUACUCAUGAUUAUUGGAACGGCAUUCCUCUGUGGCAUCAACAAUGUCUACGUUCCUUAUGUCAUCUCUCCCCAUCUUGGCAGGUUUAAUGAGACUUUCAACUUCUUAUUCUGGACCAUGUUCGGUGUGGCCAACCAGGACUUUGUGGACAUGCCGCAGUUUGUGUUGGCAGAGUUUGUGGGGAGGAUUUUAUACGGCAUCUUCACUCUCGUCAUCGUCAUCGUCCUCCUCAACAUGCUCAUUGCUAUGAUUACAAACUCGUUUCAGAAAAUUGAGGAUGAUGCAGACGUUGAGUGGAAGUUCGCCAGAUCAAAGCUGUAUCUCAGUUACUUCAGGGAGGGCCUCACCAUGCCAGUGCCCUUCAACAUCAUUCCUUCACCCAAAGCUGUGUUCUACAUACUAAGGGGUAUAUUCAGACGAAUCUGCUGCUGCUGCACUUGUUCUUCAGAGCAAAAAUAUCCUCCUAUCGACUCCAUGCCCAGUGACAGGAGGUCUGAGGACAGCCAGACGCCGUAUCGGCAGCAGGUGAUCCGGGCAUUGGUGCAGCGCUACAUCGAGUCUGCUCGCAGAGAGUUUGAGGAGACCAAGAGGAAAGAUAUUGGUAAUCGGAUUACCGAGCUGAGCAAAGCUGUGUCCAGGAUGCACAGUGAUAUGAAAGUUUUCCAGCAGCUCCUCCUGUCUGAUCGUCCCGCUGCCAGCGAGGCCCUGAAUAACGAUGGCUCCUCUGUGCUCGGAAAAUACAUAAUUGGUGCCAAGAAUAAUUUUAGAGGUUUUAACAGCAGACAAGAUGACAAAAACACAUCACUUAAAGUGACGGUGCAUAAUGGAGAGGAAGGGGGAGGUAAAGAAAAAGCUGAGUCAGAAGCUGAGGAGUCUGAAGCUCAGCCGGUGGAUGAAUGCAGAGAAGUGGGAGCCGUGCAGGAGAAAGACUGCGAGGUGGUGAAAAUGGAGGAAGGACGAGCUAAAGAGGAGGGCAGCUUGACAGGGCAGCAGGCAGGAUCAGGCAAAAAUGAAAAUGGCAAGGACCAAGAGGAGGUUGCAGAAAGAGUCAGUUGUCCCACUGUUGAAGAAGAGGGUAACGGUGGAGCAAAGGAGCCAGAAAAACCUUUAGAGGUAAUCCCCGAGCACACAGAGAGCACCACAAUCAGCUGUGAAACAAAAGACACCAGGGAGAUCAUGAGGAAGUUCAAAGACCUGGAGCUGAGGGACAAACAAGUGAAGGCAGAAUUAGUUAAAGGCAAAAAGGUUGAGAAUGGAGUAGCAGAAAAGCUGCAUGCUAGGAGCAGCGGAGAAAAACCUGGAGAUAUCAAAAUGACACCAUCUCCUACUGGGAGCAGCAGCUCGCAGGAUACAGGCUUUGGUUCACGGGAGGCCGAAGGGUCGAUUGAUGGUUCAGCUGUGAAAACUUAAAUCAUCUGUUUCAGGCUGUCACAAGCAGCCAAUCAGAUACGUCUCCUCUUAAUGUGACUUGAAGAAAUGUCUUCUGUACAAAGAAAAGUGAAAGAAAAAUUCUGUUUAAAGUCCCACUCCAAUCAUCUUUUGAUCUAUUGCAAAAGCGUUCCAAGUGGUCUUUUAAUUAUAAUUAUGCUGUUUUUAGGUCAAACUUUUUUUUAAAAAAAGUCACUUUCUUUGGACAUAGUUUCUGCAGAGGGGCAGUAGUUCAUCAUAAAUUGAUCUUUGAUUUGUGGGUGGGACUGUUGUCAUGUAGAAAUCCCACCUUCUUCCUAUUAUCCAUGUGAUUACACUCUCCUACUAGCUUAUAACCCAGAAUCAGAAAAACUUUAUUGGUCCUAGAGGGCAAUUCAUUUGUAGAAAAACAAUCAAACAAUAAAAACUGCUCCUGGUCGCUACUCGGGUCCAGUAAGCGUCCCCGUCUUUCCUCUUACCUCAACUUAACAUCAAUGGUGCAACAAAAAAUUGUGAUCAAUAUUGGAGCGAUCCAUCCAUACAGUUCUAGCGAACACCCGCUCAGACGAGGAAGAACAAGUCGUACAUGGAUCCAGUCUUUUACAAGUGGAUGCAUCAGUAAAUCUUGUCACAUCUACAAUCGUUUUAAAACGGCAAUUUUUUGCCUGCUCUUGAUUCAUAACAAUUUGAAUAAAGAAAUACUUAGAAAUGCAAGCGUAAUUUUCCAUAUACAUGUUAAAAACACCAAGAGCAACAAUUUUCAGCGGAGUGGGUCUUUAAAAUGGUUGCAUGUCAAGACAGACUACCCUACUGUCGUCUAAAGACAGCUGGAACUGCUGUCCUGCAGAAUUAAGAAAAUGUGACAAAUAUUUUUCUCAAAUGUUUCAGUGGUCAUCUGAUUCAAAUAAGAAAAAGUGCUAAAUUUAGUAAAAGUUGCUGUAAAAUUACAGUUUGCACAAUG